AUGAGUUUUUUACCACAUUUAUGUCUUGAAAAUAUAUUUCUAAAUCUAGCACAAGAUUCAAAAACUUUACAUUCAUGUAUUCUAGUUAACAAACAAUGGAGCGUAUCGUCUGCUCCAAUAUUAUGGAGAGAUCCAUUUAGACUCUGUAAGGAUCUUCGUAAGCCGAAUAAACUUGUACCGUUAUUGAAUACUUAUUUAUCAUUCCUUCCUUCAACUACUCAAAAGCUUCUUGAUAUCAAAUCAAUUAUUGGACGACCAAUGACUUUUAAUUAUCCUGUUUAUUUACGCAGCAUAAAUGUAGUAUUGAUUCAUGGAAGUGUUGAAUAUUGGACUGAUUUUAUGUUUGGCGCAGAUUCAGCUUCUUUGCAAAAAAUUACACCUAUUUGUCGAGUUCUUUGUGAAUAUUUUUUAUGUAAUUCAUCUAGAAUUGAUUAUCUUGAUCUUGAAUAUGCGAGUUGGUUUGAUAUAUUUAAACUUAAUGGUGCAACUACUUCAUUAUCAUCGAUUAAAUCAGUCGUAAUAGAUGACCAACGAAAUUUCCCUGAUCAAUUCAAGAAACUUUCAUCAGUCAUGCAAAAUACUCGGUAUUUACGUUUAUCUUUACUAUAUAGGAAGAAUGAUCCUGCUUGUAAAAAUAUUAUAAAUCUUUUACAAACUCAAAAAUAUUUGAAAAAAAUUAGUUUAUUUAGUCACGUAUCAGAUUUUUUUCAAAAUAUUUGGGAUACUCUUGCUUCAUCACAAUUACUUCACAAAAGUUUAACAUCAAUUGAAUUUCAUGAAGCAACAUUUGAUAAUUCAGCUCUUUUACAAGUAUCUAGAUUUUAUAAUCUACGACAUUUAAAACUCUAUAGAUGCAGAAAUUUUACUGGUGAAAUUCAAGAAAUUAACAAUUCAUUGGUAUUUCAAAAUCUUUCUCAAUUAAUUAUUUGCAAGAUAGGUGUGAAUCCACGAAUCUUAAAGUUUCUUUUAGAGAAAUCCAAUAGAAGUCUUAACGUCUUGGAAUUUCAUGAUCAUGUUCUCAAUUUUCACGAAACUAUUCUUUGGUGUACAAGUUUCUGUCAGAAUCUUUCAAGAUUUGUAGCAUCUGGUCAAGUGAGUCAAAUCAGGGAUAUCAUUUUACUUUUUAAAGAAUGUAAGAAACUUGAUUAUUUUCAUAUAUAUGAUGCGAAACUUUUAUUUGAAGAUGAGGAAGAACCAUGGGAUGAAUAUAGACCACCAGAGUUAGAAUUAUUUCGCGCAGAUGAAUUAUUAGAAGAAUUAGGAUCAUGUAUACCAAUGACUAUGAGAACGAUCAAAGUUUGGAUGAAUUGGUUAAUUGAGAUUGAAGAUAUCGAAGCAUUUAUUUUAAAAUGUGUAAAUUUUGGCUUGAACAUGAAAGUCAUAGAAUUUAGACAUUGCAAAGGAUUUGGGAAUGCUCAUAAGGAAGUGAUUAGAAAUUAUUUGUUGAAUAAUAAAUCAUUAACUUAA